AUGGAGGUUCCUAACGAACUCGUCGUCACAUCCACCUAUGUCCUCGAGCCCGAAAUUUCACUUCUUGAUUAUCUUCACUGCUCGUCGCUCGGAACGCGACCGAGUUUCUUUCUUACCACCGCGCUCGGGUAUGGCAGCUUAGAGCAGGACAUAUGGACGGCGGUAGCGUCGGGGCGUUACAUGACCGUCUAUCACAACCACACCUGGUUUCGAGUUGCUUUAACGACUUGGAUGGCCAACCGCGACAUCUCAUCCUACUUCUACGUCAUUCCCAUUGAUGGUGACAUACCCAAACGCAUCCGCAAUUCUGUCGGCAUUCUACGUAUCCGUCGCGAUUUUGUCGCCAGCGCUUUCUGCGUUCCAAUCGGUCGUCCCGUCUUCCCCGACCUCUCUCCCGUUCUCGAGAAAGAAUGGGACGCGACUAUCCCUCUCUCCAACCAGUUACAAGUCGCCCUCACCUUCCCUCCCAAAUUCUCCCAUGCCGCCCGUGACUUUGUGUACUUCAUAAAUGGCGACGAGGUUUCGUUGGAAGAUGAUGAUCAUGCGGGAAUAGAAACAGGCACUGCAGGGAUGGUGGCAGGAACGGGGGAGCACGAGGGAGGUGGGACAAUGGGGCGUGUAAAGAGUGAGGUGAUGGGGGGUUCGAACCGCAACCAUAUCGACCGAGCGAUCAAAGUCCCUGUCUUGUUCAACCAAGUGACCGCCUAUAAGAACCAGUACCCUUUGCCCACUUCCCACACAUUGAAAAGAAGGAUAUCGGACAACGCCGUAACUUCAUCUUGCACCACUAUUUAUCAAUCUCGGGGGAGAACAGGAGUAGCCGCUCCGGAUAUUGUUCACCCCAAUUUUAUCCCCGUUAUGAAAUUUGUUUCGCCUGCGUCGCUUGACGAGCUCCUCUCCUUGCUUUCCACAGACCCUGCAAUGGUUAUCCCAGUCUUUUCUCGUCUGUGCAGUCCCAGAACUACUCGCAUGCCGGUUGAGAUAUUGUUGGAACAGGAGGUGGAAGAAGGGGUGGACCACAAUGCUGGGGCUAUGAUUAUUCGGAGGUUCUCACGUUUCAGUAGCAUCAUCAGCCUUAGCAAGACUGGAAGGCGAUCCCUUCUAUACGCAGUGCCAAUCAUACCCCAGGACGUGCUGUUUAGUUCAUUGCCUUAUACCCGACCAGCUCCAGCCAACCAGUCUCUUAUCCUCGGGACUGACGCGUUCACCACCUAUCAUCCAGCAUCCCGCAGGAUUCAAAACAUAAAAUGGAAGUAUCUUCAAUACCACCGAAUCGCGACGUUCUCGUUCACCAUCACUUCCCACUGCCGUGAUCGAGACGGUACGGAGCCGGGUGUACUCACCAACAAGGACAUCUUUGUCCAACGCGAGUGUUCGUUUCUCCGCAUCGCAGUCGGGAGAGAAUUGGCUACAACGAAGGACUGGGGAAUCUUCCGUUGUUUCAGUUAUCCAGACGAUCCCGCUACGUCUCCCGCACAAGAAGCAGGUCUUCUUCGCGUACCACUCACCCUCGUGUCGCGCCCACAGAAUCCUCGAAACCAGCACUUCAUUCCUUACAUCGACUCCACCCUCGAACGCGAAUGGGCUGCGAUACCAAACGCAAACAUGCUCAGCGCUCUUUUGCUCUUCCCCUUGGGAUACACAUCUGCGACGGUCACUCACCUCGUCCAGCACCCAGCACCUCCUAUGUUCGACGCGGAGGUUUGCGCUCAGAGGGCCUGCGAAUAUGCGUACCAUACCAGGUCCCAGCUCGAAGCGUCACCCUCGAUGCCGACAGUCCUUGAUGAUGAUCAAUUGUCGAAUGACGAAACGAUCAUCGAGACCAGCUCUCUGUAUUGCUCCAGCGCUGACAAGACAGUCGACGGCAAGAGCGAGAGCAAGCAGGAUAGCGGGAGAUAG